AUUACGUCAAAUGUAUAUAUGAUAUAAAGCUACAGUAUAAAUAAAAUGUUGAAAUAGAACAUAUGAGUAUUUGAAAGCUUACUUAUUUGGCUGUAUUGUGUUGUGUUUGUUGUACUGCAAAGAUUCUGUUGCAGCUGGGAAUCGGAGUUUAAGAUGUUGGAAAUUCGGCCUUUUUUUAUUGACUACACCACAGAAUUUAUCGCCCAUCAACAUCAACUACGGCAAGGGCCAGAGCAGCCGGCGGUACAGGCCAGAGCCCGAGGAGGAGCGGCGCUUGCGGGCCCGGGUACCAUGUCCGUUCAGGUUCCUCCCCGCUCAGUACGAGCAGCUCCUGAAGGACAACCCCUGCAACCGGAAGGACUGCGACUCCAGCGGGAAGCACAAGAUGACCUGCCAGCAAUGCGGCGACGUCUCCUAUCACGUCUGCAUCUCCCUCCCCAGGGACGAGUCGAAGCCUCAUAGGUGUUCACGCUGCUGGAAGAACAGGGCACCGCCACCGCCAGAGACCUGAGUCAACGGGACAUCGCGAACAGGACGUGAGUCAACAGGGGAUCAUGGACAGGACACCGGAUUUUAAAUUGCAUAUUG